AUGCAGACGAUCCAUGUGCUGCCCCCGCACAUCGCUUCGCAGGAAGCCCAGAUACAGUUUCGGAUAUGCGAGCCCGAGGCGUCCACGAUGAGCCACCUGGAAACAGGCAACGAGUACGUGCGGCAGCUGAGUUUUUUUGGUUCCGACAGCGUGGACCCCAGCCCAGAUCCAUCCGAGGAGGGCCUCGAGGUACAAAACGUGCUUGGCCCACCCCUGGAGUUCCUGCCCAAGGACAUUGAGCCCCUGGAGCUGGAUGCCUACCGCGCGGACUACCAGGCUUUCCGUGCAGGGAAUGCCACGGGUGCUCGCGGGGAGAUGGCCAGUUUGUGCGCCUCUGUGAGGGAACGGAAGCUUGAGUUCUCAGCAUCGCAGGGCUCCUACAAGACAAAGAAACGAAGGCCACGGCUGGUGCCACUGAUUGGCCUGGACCUGGCGACCAGCAGCGCUGUCCUCAGCGCGGCCUCUGCGGCGGAUGAGCACUUGGAGGCGAUGGCCCAGAUUCGCAAAGCCAUCGGCCAGCCUGAGACCAGUGAAGACAGCGGCUACGAGCACGGCCACCAUGGAACUCGCGCACCUCACGGACAACUUGGCCAGCCCGGUCCGCUGCCCGGUCAGCCCGGUCAGCCCGGCCAGUCCGGCCAGCCCGGCCAGCCCGGCCAGCCCGGCCAGCCUUGCGCCGUCAUCUCCAUCCCAACGCCACCCACGGCGCGAGACAUGCGAGACCUGCGAGACCGGCGGGCCUCCAAGGAGACGGGCAAGGCCUCUGAGAUGAAGCUGCGCGUCAAGGCCGACAGCAAGGGCAAGUUCGCGCGCCAAAGCAGCGCGCCGGCCCCUGGGGAGGUUCUGCCGAAGGCUGCCGCGAAGAGGGGCGCACUGCGCCCGCCAGGAACGCCCGGCGUGGGACCCGUGGGACUCAGGCCGGGUUCGGUCAAGGAGGAGGACCUCGAGGCUGACUGGCCGGACGACGGUUUCGUGUCACCUCCUUGGGAGCGGGCCACUACUUCAUCACCAGUCAUCGCCCAAACUGGAAUCGGUUUUUUCACCCACAUCGCCGUUUCUUUGAUCUGCCUGGCUCCAUUCUUAAAUGUUCACUCGACGACGCAUCGCUGCCUGUUUCUACCUUCUAUGUAUGCUGCCUACGUCACCGGCAUGUGCUUGAAGAUUGCGACCUUCCCACAAGACGUGGCGGAGCGCCCGCGUCGCUUGAUCUCAAAAGUGCUGCGAACGGAAAGGCUUGUGCGGGAAGGAUCUGUGCCAGUUUGGUUUCCGCCUUUAGCCGCAGUUGUGUACAUCCUGAUGGUCCUGCUGCUGGACAUGGGUCAUUCCUUUCCCUCCAUUGCGCGGUCGCAAAGAAGUUACUUGAGCGCGACUCCACAAAGGCAUGACUACAACUGUUGGGGCACCGACCAGCAGGAUGUUUCGGAUUGUGUCCUGGUACGGCAUGCUGGCUGCACCAUGACGGUCUCCUUCUACACCUGCUUGGUCUUCAUGGCCGUGUGCAACCGAAGUGUCAAGGGAUCCGACAUCGUGGACAAGCAUCGGAAGUGCCUUCAGGAGAUCUUCCCAUUGGAGGCGCCCUCCUUGCUGGCUUACGUGGAGAGGAGCGUGAACUCCAACUCAACUUUUUGGAGAUCGCAUCGGCGAUACAAGGCUCAGUCGGUCUUGCUGUCGUUAUCCUGGACGCUGAUGUCCUUCGGAGUCUACACCGAGCUGCUGCAGGGGGCCAAGACCAGGACAGCGCAGGUGUCCUUCCUCACCGCUCUGGUCGGGACGUAUGCGCUGCAGUACACGUUGCUGAGGCACGUGCUGCUGCGGGUGAUCCUCCUCCUGGAGGGCGUCAAGGCCAGGGCUGCUGCCAUGGCCUUCUGCGACGAAGAAGGGGUGCUACCCUUCACUUCAGGGCAUUCCAUCUAUGUGUGGUACUCGGUUCGGCGGAAUGUGCAGGCGCAGAAUGAGGUCGGCUACCAGAACGCAAGUCCGAUCUUCACGUCCAUGCUGAUCUGCGCGGCCGCGUGCUCUUGCUGGGUGAUUUCGGAGCUUCGGCAGCGGGGCAUGUCUGUCUUCGGCCUCACCAGCCGCGGAGGCGUUUCUCUCAUGGUUGUAGCCUCAGCCCUGGUCUCCUCCAUCUUUGUCGGGGUCUUCCUCCGGACGCUCCUGGAGAUUGGGAAGUUGGAGGAUGCCCAUGUUCGCCAGCUUCGCAUUGCACACCUGCGACUCGAGCAUGCCAAAUGCCUCAAGAAGGCAUCCGUACAGGUGCCGCUGCCUUCUCCUGGGGACCGCCAGGUCUCGGACACUCCUGUAGGCUUCGUGCAGACUGCCAGCGCUUUCCACGAGCCACUCCUUGCACGGCCGACGCUUGGCGCAAACUUCCCUUAG